AUGAUCUCGACCCUCGGCGGCCUCUUCAACCUCAACCACUUUGACCAGUCAAGCUGCGCCAACGAUGUCAUCGUGAUACGGCACAAGGACGGGUCGCUGCGCAGCACCCCCUUCAACGUGCGCUUCGGGCGGGCGCAGAUGUGGAGCUACGUCGGCCGCGUCGUCCAGGUGGAGGUGAACGGUGAGCUGACGGCUGCCGUGAUGAAGAUCGGCAAGGGUGGCAAGGCCCACUGGCUGCAGCCAACCUACGGCGCCUUCGGCAAGGCCAGCCACGGUGCGGCGACGGCCAAGCAAUCCGAGAAAGCCAGUGGUGGCAUACCGCCUGCCACCACUGCUGUGGCGGAGGUGUCGGGCGCGGACUGUGCCGAAAAGGGCGCCGUCGAGGAGCUGGACCUCGUGGACUCACUCGUCAGUGCUGUCGAGGAUGCCGAGAUGUUGGUGCUGAACGCGGCGGAGCUGCAGCACCUCUCUAUCCGCCUCGAGUCGCCACCAGAGCUGCUGUCCUUGUCGGAAGGGGAUUGUGACGCUUGGGAAACCACCGAAAACGCAGCUGCCCAAGUUUUGCCUCCGUCGGUGGCGCUGCCACCUGGCAAGCAGCACUCCGCCACUGGCGCCCCGCACCCUGCUAACGAAAAGGACGUCAAUCCGCUUUCUAGCGAUGCGGGUCGCCAGCGGAGGCCCGGCGAUCCCCAUCCCGACUCCAGUCUACCGCUGCUCCACACGGCCGAUGAUGGGCAUCUCACCAUCGAGACGCGCGCUAUCCACUCGGCCGGCGACGCGCAAGAGGCGCGACUCGCUCUUCGUGCCAUGGUGGCCGCAGAGAAGUCACGAAAACGGCUGUCAAAGAUGAGCUUUGGCGACGACCCCUACCUGCUGAAGACUGCGCGGGAGGAAGGCCACCUGGGCGACGACGAGGUUAGCGAUGUCGGUGACGACGACGACGAUGACGACCUCGGUGGCGACCGUCCCGAACUGCCCGCGGCCGAGAUCGUGGUGGACGCUGCCGAUGUGUCGCCCUCGUCGCGUGAAGCGGCGGUGGGGACUGCCGAUGGCGGCAGUUUCGCACAUGCAUCGCUCAUCGUCAGGCCGGGGGCUGCAGGUGAUGGCAGUGACAGGCAAGCUAGCGACCAGCUUGUGGCCCAACCCGCCACGAGGACGGAGGAAGGGGAGUCAGCGGGCCUGGCCCCGGCGCCGUCGUCGCCGCAACCGGCUGUGGAGGCAGCCACCGCAGCGUCAUCGGCAACCUCGGUGACGGGGAGCACGGAUAGCUACAAGGUGGUGGACGAGGAUGCCUACUUUCUCGACCCCAUGGACACCGACCCCGACUUCGCCGCCCUCUACGGGGAGGACGAAGUGGCUCUGCUGAACGGCGCGUCCUUCGAAAGCAGUGUCACGAGCGGUGUGUCUCUGCCUGACCUCUCCAUGACGCCGUGCACCACCGCUAUCGACGCAGCCACCGCGCACCGCAGAUCGGCGAGUGCCAGCGAAGGUGAAUCGUGCUCUGCAGCGGAGGCCACUCGUGCGAGCCGCAUCGGCGGGUCGCUGCUCCUGGAGUCACAGACCGUCGGAGCAGCGACCUCCUCCGUCAAGCAGCCGCUGCUGCUGUCUUUGACGUCGCCAUCACACCCGACAGUCGAGAAGCCGGUCAGCAGCAGCCCCAGGGACGCUGACAAGACCGCUGUGUCCCACGCGAGCACCGGCGUGCCCUCUGCCGCUGCGAAGGACGGCACCGCGUCUUCCGGCGUCUGGAACGCCCCCAAGGAGGUCAUGGAUGCGCAGGGGAGCCUCGUGAAGCUGACGCCCACCGCGGGCGGCGGCGGUGGUGGCCCGUACUUCACCCGCACCCUUAUCCCGGUCGAGGCGGAUCUGUGGAAGCUGCACCUCAAGGAGGGCUGCAACACUGUCCGCUACCUCGCCCGCAAGGACAAGGGCGACGUUGUGUCCAUCUCGUGCAACAUAUUCCUCUGGAACUGGACGGACCGCCUCGUGGUGAGCGACGUGGACGGCACGAUCACGAAGAGCGACUUGCUCGGCCACUUCUAUGCGAUGCUGGGCAAAGGCGCGGACUGGACGCACCCCGGGAUCUGCAACUUGUACUCCAAGAUUGAGCGCAACGGGUAUCGCAUGGUGUACCUGACGGCCCGCAGCUUGUCGCAGAUCAACCAAACAAAGUCGUACCUCUUCACGCUGCAGCAGGACGGGGUGCGGCUGCCGAUGGGUCCGGUGCUGACGGCACCGCAGCGCUUCUUCACUGCACUCACGCAAGAGGUAUCAAAGCAGUCACAUGUCUUCAAGAUCGCGUGCCUCACGAGUGUGCGCGCCGCCUUUCCGCCCAGCACAAAGCCCUUCUUCGCCGGCUUUGGAAACCGCUACAGCGACGUCAUCAGCUACGAUGCGGCGGGGAUCCCGACGCACAAGAUCUUCAUCAUUGACCCCUCGAGCGUGCUGCACGUGUGCCUGGUGCGGCAGACGUACCGCGACCUCGGCCACCUUGUCGACGUGACGUUCCCGCCCGUUAAGCGGCACCCCGUCGUGCUGCGCGCGCCACGGCAUCUUCAGCGAACCCAGGGUGCAGGGGCGAGUAUGUCGCCGGCUAAGGAUGCCGCGCUCGGUGGGCGCGACCGACACGCCUACACGCGCAGUCUGCUACACCGAUCCUCCUCUUCAUCUUCUUCCUCGGCCACUUCGCUCUCCUCCGCAGCGUCGUCGUUGUCGGGUUCGCUGGACCUGCGCGAGGAGGCGUGUGGCGGCUCCUCCGACUUUGGCGCGGAGGGCGCCUCCCACCACACGUCCGGGUCUGAGGCCUCCCCCGGUGGCCGCUCGCUCGCGGGCUGCCACGCAUCCGCGGCGUUCAGCUUGGUGGACUCGGAGCGUGUCGACGUGAUCGCCACGAGCGUGCUGAGGUGCCCCGCUGCCUGCCCGGGAGAGCCGCCGGAACUCGCUAAGGGCGGCAGCCCCACGUCCACCGGACUGCUCCCGGCGGCCGUUGCUAAACUACCUGCCCCUCCAGUUCCAACAGCGGCCUCCUCCGCAGCGUUCUCGGACCGCCCGUCCGAGGUUGAAAAGCGAGUCGCUUCGUCGACAGCCUCUGCCUUGCCUGCGGUGAAGCCCAGCACCAGCGCGCCCAGACCCAAGUACAACUAUGGCCGGCGCACAACCUUUGCUGAGCUGAGCGACGACGAUGACGUGUUCCAAGAGGAGGAGGUGCCGGCGGACCCCGAGUUUUCGUCCUUCGUGUACUGGCACAUGGACCCACGCGACCUCAUCACCGUCCCCGCGGCGGCAUCGAAGUCCUCUGCCUCUGCGACACGUGCCAACACCAAGGAGACAUCCGAGAAGGAGAAGUCGGGCGCGGUGACAAGUGGCACCGAUGCGCCCAAGAAGGUCGCCACAACCACCGCGGCUGCCACAGCGUCCACCGAAGAAAGUGACCACGCGAAGUCAGCCGCGGCAGCGGCAGGGGCACCGUCAGCACCUACACAGACGGGAGGCGCCGCCGGUGACACGGCGAGCCUAGGUGCGGCGUCGCCGAGCGGAGUCUCCGCUGCCAGCGAUGCAGCAGCGCCGAGGCCCGGCGGCGGUGACGGCAGCCGUCUCUCGCUUUCCUCGCUCACGGCUUUGAACUCCGGCAACAGGUCGCCGAUGCAAGGGGCGACGCGCUCGCUCGACAAAGGCCAAGUGAGAGGCUCUUCCACGGGCCCGGCGGUGCCGACGACGGCGGGGCCGACUUCACCCGAUACUGUCUCGGAGUUGCAUAAGUCACAGCCGCAGACCCCCAGCAGGCCUGGCAACAACCAAGUUGCUGCCGUCAGCCCGUACGACGACUGGGAGGGAGGGGCGGACGCUGCCAGGUCAUCACUCCCGCAGCAAUCAGCGCCACCGCCGCCGCCGCCGACGACGAUGACGCAGCCUACCGCGAUCUUGCCGUCCACCAGUGGAGGUGGCGGCACCCGCGGCUUCUUCUCUGCUUUCUCGUUCGGACGCAGUCGCGUCGUCGAGUCACCGUUGUCACCCACCUCGCAGAGGGACGCGCAGUUGCGCGAGGACGCAAGGCAGCGUGCGCUAGCGCACCCCGACGCGCAGUACUACUACGUGGAGCACCAGCAGCAGCAGCAGCAGCAGCAGAAGCCCGCGUCGCAGCUGGAGCCGUUCCCUGGCAACGGUACAUCAGGGGCGGCGGAGGGUAGCGCUCCGGCACCGCCGCAGAAGUGA